CGCAAUUACAUAUGUUAUUGGCUAUAUUACUUUUUUUCUGUGUAGGACGUAACAAUUAUUAAUGUCGCAGUUAUAUGUUGUUACUAACAAGUUUGUUCACGUUUCAAGCAUAAAUAAAAGAGAAAAAAAUAAAUUGCAUUAACAGAUAAGUUGUAUUAUAUAAGAACCUUUUAAUAAAUCAUAAAUUAUCUGUACAUAACGUUUUUAUCGCAUCAUUAUAUGCGCGUAGUAGUAAUAAAAUAGCUGUAAUAAUGUUCGCAUCACAUUAAAAGUAUUAAAAAUAUUACUCUGUUUUUUGACACCAACAAAGUCAAAGCGCUUAUACAAUGUGACAGUUUAACAUUUAUUCAAUUUUGUUUUCUAUUUGAUCAUUGUUUCCGGAUUGAAUUUGGAUCUUAAAUGUCUCAUAGUUUCACAUACAGUCUUGUAUCUUAGCCCGAACAUACGACAAAAUUUGACUUUAUUAUAAUCACGAUUAGAUAACAUUAAAGAAUUUUUGGGGGGGGAGGGAUUAUUGAGUGUGCCCUCCGCCUAUUUCUGUAUAGUGGCUAUUUUGGCACUCUUUCUCUAUCUCUGUCUAAUUUUUGAUUUCCUGCUGUACUUUAUAUUAUCUUUCCUAUGUGUUUGAUAUAAUGUCACAGAAUUCUUAGCGGUUCAAUAUCUAAUUUUUUAAACUAGUCCUCUAUGUCGUAUGGGUUUCUUACUCCAAUGGAGGUUAACUGACUAUACAUUCUCCCUCUAGCCUCCCUCUAGUCAUAUUAGUAAUAUUAAUAAAUAUUAAAGGAGUACUGUGGAAUGCGAGAGGAUAGACAAACAAACAUUCCGAAUUAUAGAAAAGAAUUCAAGAGUAUGAUAUUGCUAUAAUAACAGAAACAAAGAGCAAAGGAAAGCAGCAUUUCAGAAUACCACGAUACAUUCAAGAAGACUUAAAAUGUGAGUCGAAACGUUACGUUUGUGAAUUUGAUGUAUAAUUUUAUUGCGUUUACAUUGCACAUUUGUAUGUUUUAUUUAACUGUGUUCAUGUUGCAACGUUAGAUGUUUAUUCAAUAUUCGUUAAUUUUUGCACCGUUACACAUAGUGCUGGCUCUUAUUGGCGAUAUGGUCUCUUAAGGUAUUAAAAAUAUUAUUAAAGACAUUAAAAUUUUAUUGCUUUUUAUGUGUCGUUAAGCUGAUAAAGUUAAUAAAGUUCAGAUUAUUUUGGUCUACAGCGAAUUUUGGUGGUGAAUAAAAUUUUUCUAUUAUUUGAACAUUCUUAACAAACAUAAACUGCCCGCUGACAAUUUUGUCCAUCUUAAAACAUAAUUGCUAGCUAGAUAUCGAUAUUUAGAAGCAUCUUUAAGAUCUCCCCUUUUCCGAAAAAAACUAAAAAUAAUUUUUUUCAGGAAAGAGAAUUUUAAAGAUCCUUGUGAGGAUCGAUAUCUAGAUAGUAACUACAUUUCAAGACUACGAAUCAAUCGAUUGAAAGCGGUUUUCCUUGAAGAAAUUCUUUUAAAAAUGAAUUUUCUGAAUAAUUUUAAUAUCAUUCUUAUACCAAACUUGAUAUGUAGAUACUGAAUCGAGUAUCAUUACUUCCUGUUAAUGACGUGACAACAUCAUAAAUUAAGACAGGUUUAUAAAAAAAUUCUAUCCAACAUUUACAUAUACCAUUGAUUCUUGAAAUCAAAUACAGUCUGAGUUUAUCUUUUCAUUCGAAACCUUGUGCAAUACGCUUGUGCUACCGUUACUAAAUAUUAAUAAUCUUACGCUUUAUAAAAAUUAUUUAAAUAAUGAUGAGACUCACUACUAGUAUUUCACCAAUUAUCACAAUCCUAUGGAUUCUAAUUACGAGUAAUUUUGCAUACGGUAAAAAGCUAUUGAUCAUUACUCCAACUCCAUCCUACAGUCAUCAGAUAGUAUUUCGAGCAAUAUGCCUUGCUUUAAAUAAGCGAGGACACGAUAUAGUAACAUUGACUCCUAAUGUUCUAAACGAUACUAGUCUAACAAACUAUACAGAAAUAGAUUUCGGUUUUGAAUAUGAAAAAAUUAACGAUACUGAUAUCAGCCCGAGUCGUUGGAAUCUCACUCAAUUGGCGGGAUUAAAAACAAGAUUACGGACAUUGGGUCAUAACAUCGCGGAGGAUGUCCUCAGCCAUCCUGAUCUUGUAAAGUAUUAUGCGAAUGGAACUGAUGUGCAAUUUGACGCAGUAAUAGCGGAAAUGAUUAUGACUCCUGCGAUCUACAUCUUAGCACACAGAUUUAAUGCACCUUUAAUAGGUAUCAUGUCUAUGGACUUGCAAAACUGCCACCGUUUCAUUCUCGGUAGUCCCGUGUUGCCAUCACAUCCCUCGAACUGGGAACUUGAAGAUUUCACAGGAUUAAAUCUACCAUUUUGGAAGCGAUUGAUGAAUUUCGUUAAUACUUGGUGGAACAUAUAUUCAUGGUUUACUUUCGCGAACAAACAACAAAAAAUUGCGGAGAAGUAUUUCGGUAAUGAUAUACCGCACAUUAUCGACGUUUCAAAAAAUAUGAGUCUUAUUUUGAUCAAUCAAGAACCGUCUCUCGCAUACGCGAGACCCGAAAUACCUAACAUUGUUCAUUUCAGUGGACUGCACAUCGCAAAAACACCGCCGUUGUUACCACAAGAUUUAAAAGAAUUCUUGGAUAGUGCGAUAAACGGCUUCAUUUAUAUGAGUUUAGGAUCAAACACAAAAAGCAAAUUAUUGCCGAACAAAAUAUUGAAGAUUUUUAGGAAUACGUUUGUUAAUUUGCCGUAUAAAGUACUGUGGAAAUUUGAGAAUGAUAGUUUUGACAUUCCCUCUAAUGUUAUGAUCUCUAAGUGGGUCCCGCAGCAGAGUGUACUGGCUCAUCCAAACAUCAAGCUCUUCAUUUAUCAAGGCGGUCUGCAGAGUACCGAAGAAGCGGUUCAUUACGCCGUCCCGCUCGUAGGAAUACCGUUUGUCUUCGAUCAGGUGUACCAAGUUAUGAAAAUGGUUUCUCUGGGAGUUGCAAGAUACCUAAACAUAGUCCAGCUUACGACAUCGGAAUUGCACGAUACUGUACUGGAAGUCGCCGAUGAUAAAAGAUACAAAGAUAGGAUGUUGGCGUUACGUGCUCUCACAAAGGACAAGCCUUACGAUAGCUUAGAGAAUGUUAUAUGGUGGAUCGAGUACGUAAUGCGUCACAAUGGUGCACCUCAUUUACGUUUCAAUGGAGCCGAUACCGUGUGGUAUCAGCAAUUCGAUUUAGAUGUCACUGUAUUCCUGACGAUAACAUUAUUCUUAGUUUUAUGCGCUAUUUUAUACACUAUAGGAUGGAUUUCGAAGCAGUUAUAUACGUAUUACGAUAUAGGUAAUCGAUGCAUACUGCGUAAGUGGAUUAGAAAUAAGGUGAAAUUGGCGUAAUCAGGUUGUGUAGGUUGAAAAAAGUCGUCAUUGCGAGAAAUUUUGUCUGUUUGUCUGUAUGUGAGCUUGAGCGUAAUUUGGUUUAGCAAUAGAAUUGUUUUGGAAAUGCGCAAACUAUGCGAAAUGGUCACGGAAGAGUACCUCUUUUAUUCCUCGAACAUUUGCAUGUGGAUUUUACAGUGCUCAUUUAUACGAAAAACAGAGAAGCAUAGAAGUCGGAGAAAGUGUGAGAGGGUAAAUUUUGGUAAACGCUGUGAAUAUAAAACUGGUGGUUUGAGUGAAAUGGGUUUUGUAAACGUAUGAAAUUGCAUCUCGACAUUCAUUAUGCUCAUUUGCGCAUAGAAUUACGAAAUAUAGAAAGAAAGGAAGAGUAAGGGAAAUAAAAAAAUAUAGGAAGCAGCCA